AUGUCGCAGCAGCUUGCAUGCACAUACGCCUCCUUGAUACUCUCUGGCAGCGGGAAUGUUGACGCCGCGAAGCUGCUUGCCGUAACAAAUGCUGCUGGCGUUACUGUCAGUAAAGGUAUGGCAGAAGCUUUUGCCUCAAUUCUUGGUGGUAUUUCCAUUGAUGAGGUUCUUGGCAAUAUUGCGUUCGGUGGUGGUGCGCCUGUUGCGUCUAGUGGAGGCGCCGCUGCUGCUGCUCCUGCCGCCGGUGGCGCACCUGCUGCCGCUGCUCCUGCAAAGGAGGAAGAGGAAGAUGAUGAUGAUAUGGGCUUCGGUCUUUUUGACUAA